GGGAAGGAAUCAUGGCUUUGACAUCGAAGUCCGAUUCGAAUCCGUACCGGAGAUAUUAUCGGUGUGGGUUUGCAGUAGCCAAUAAGCUUAGAAACGAUGAACACACAUUUAAAUGGGUUGAUGAAGCUUUUGUCAAUGAGAUAGAUACAUUAGAUGCAAAGACUGUUGAACUUGAGAAGCAGCUGAAAGAUAUCAGAACAGAGAGGUUUGAGUUGGAAAAGAUGGUUUAUGAGAAGAUGGAGAAGGAGAUAUUUGAGAAGGUUGAAGAUGCUUUGGAUGAAGCCAAAUCAAGCAAUAAGAGAAUGAUGCUUAUCAUAGUAUUCUUAUGUAUGAUCAUGAUUGGUCUCAGUAAGCUACUAGGUUGAACAAGAGAUUCAGUGUUGUUGUUAGUUUGUUGUUGUUAGUUUGUUGUUGCUAUGAAGACAAUUGUUGUUAGUUUGUUGUUGCUAUUGUGGUAAUGAGAAUGAGAAGUUAAAUUUCA